CACCGUUCUUUUUCCAGUCUACGCCGCAUUUCCCUCUCCGCCGUCCAAAUUCUUCUUGCCCUCCCCUGCGAUAAAUUCUGCAUCUCUCAAGGGUCUUGAAAAAAAGCCAGGAAGAGAACAAAGAGAAGAGAGAUAGAGAGAGAUGGAGAGCUCCGGAUGCAUGGGAAUGAUGGCAGUGGUAGCGAUUUCGAGCAGCGUCGCCCUCUUCGCCGUCCAACUCCACAAGCGCCUCGCCUCCGAUUUUAUGAAGAAAUUUGAAAUUGAGCUAAGUGGGAUGAAGAUUAACAGAACAAAGAAGAAGGUGAGGUUCGCCGCCGACGUGAUCGAGCCAUCGACGGACAAUAAGGAGUACCGUAAAAGGAGAUCCGGCCGUGCGUUGGACGGGAUGCCACUCAGCCCAAAUAGUUGUUGAUUUGGUCUUUAAAUUUGGAGAAAUUAUUUUGGGCGAGUCCGGACCAUCCAGACUCCAAUCAAAAUUGACCACAUCUUUUAUAUAUAUCAUGUACAAUUCUGCAUAGAUAAUAUGACAUAUUUUGAUUGGAGUUCGGAGGCAAGUUACGUCCAGAUCACGCACAGAAUAAUUUCUCGUAAAUUUGGCCUAUUGUAAGUUGUAAAGAUUGGGUGCUCUUUUGCAUAUAUCUUUUGCAUUUUAUGUGUAACAAAAUUAUGUCAUAAUAUAAUAAUGCAAAACAAGUUUCAAAGUUUUCAAAA